AUGAGCAAAACCUCUGAGGAACUGAGGAAGCAGCUGUUGAAACUUUUUUGGCAGCGAUUGAGAACUUGGCUAAUCCCUCGCCAACACCUCCAGCCCGACGCGACCAAAGCUGCUCACUACAUCCAGGCCCUCGAUGCUGCGAGGGCCGAGGGAAAUUGGCAAGCUGUUCCGGAGUUCGUGCGCAAAAUCAGGAAACAUGCGCCGGAUCGAACAUGCCUCACCUUGACCGCCGAGCUCGAGUACGCCGUGUCAACAUCCUCCAAAUCCUCUUCGAACACCGCCUCCCGUCCCCAGACCGCACGACCUCAGACUGCUGCAGCACCUGCGAGCGACAUCGACACGGCUGAACAGAUCUCCAAACUUCUCGAGACUAUCGUGAAUGACGACCUGCACCCCGAAGAUAAAUUCCAGGCGCAAGUUGCCGUGGGCUGGGUGCACUGGACCAGCAAGGAAUACCGCUUGGCCGCUACGAGACUGCCUUCAACCCUUGACCAACAAAAUAUCCAGGAUCCCGACAACAAGGUGUCCGAAUGGACGAGCGUCUGCUCGCUCAAGGCAGCCUACCUCAAGGCCGACUGCCUGGUCGUCAGUGGACAGAGGGAGGAAGCACUACGCAUAUUCGAGGCCGCUCUGCCGGCUGCCACAGCCAUAUGGUCGAGAAAGAGCGCCGGUAAACAACUGCGAUACUGCUCCGAGCUGUUCUUGACCGAGUUCUGUAUGCUGCAGAGCGAGGCUCUCCAGUCCAACGAGAGGUCCCUCCAGGACAUAGACUCUCUGGCCUGCUAUCGGUCCUGGGCCAGGUACUGGGAGGCCUUCACAGUUGUCGGUGGCCAGGGCUACAGAGGCUCUGUCCCGAGGCGGCGCGUCUGGAACGAAUAUUACUCCGCCCUUUCCAACAUCCUCGACCUUAACCUCCCUUACCCUACAGGCAGCUUGCCCGCGAUGACCACCGAGAUGUCUCCGAGAAGCCUGCUGCGCGUGGAACUGAAAAAGGUGGAGGCCGCUUUUGAGGCUCUGCUGAUUGCGGAAACCCAAUUUCCGAAGGCUGAUGAGGAGCGUGAGGAAGUCGAGGAGUUUGCCAAGUCCGUCAUGAAGAAUUGGUCCAUUCUUUGUGGUCGCGGAUGGAGAGAAGAAGACCUCGGUGAAGGCGGCCGUGAGAGCGUCAGCCGUGGCGCUUUGGAUGUCUUUUACCGUGCUGCGACUAAAACCUACCACUCGACUGCCAUUCUAAGGUUCAUCUUCACUGUUCACCUGUCAGUCGCCGAAUUCGACCUUGCGUUCAAAGCUUUUGAUUCGUACUUGGAGCUGGUCAAGCACGGCAAGGCAAGAGUGGACAAGACGGGACAUUCCGAGGGCGGACUCGAUGACGACGGCACGGUCCUCGAAACAAUCUCGCAGUGCAUCCUAGCGCUUUGUCGGUACGGGGGCAAGGACGCCAUUGAGAAAGCCAAAGAUCUGGGUGCUGAGCUGGAGGACUGGAUGGCGAGAUUGCCGCAGCUGAGGGCAGGUGUCUCGGACGGAACCACGCUUCCGGAACUCGAGGAGACCACCAGCACGCUCCAUCCCGAGAUCUCACCCAGAUCUGUCGCUUUGUCAUGGCAGGCGGUGGGUCUAUCACAUGCCCAUUGGUCCCGUGUUACAUACGACGCCGGCUCUCGAGUUGAACUGCAAGCCAAGGCGAUUCGAUGUCUUCGAAAAGCAGUCUCACCAGAGCUCGGCCGUACUCGCGACGUUCGCAGUCUAUUUGCCCUUGGCCUUCUGUUGGCGGAGCGGAGGGAGUUGACGCCGGCCAUUGAGAUUGUCAAGACCGCCUUGAUUGCGCACAAGUCAUCAGACGAUGUCCAAAAUCACUAUCAUGGCCCAUACUGGCAACAACGCUCGCUUCUCCCGUUGUGGCACCUGCUUGCCUUGUUGAUGAGCGCGCGGCAGGACUAUGCCAUGGCAGAGAGAUCGUGCGAGGGCGCGUUCGAGCAGUUUGGCGAUGAUACAAUUCUUUUCGGUAGAUCUAAGGAGGGAUUCAGGAGCGAUCAUCUGAAUGACCUCGACGAGAAGCACGCCAACGCACACAGCGCAGUUGUGGACGAAAUGGAUGACUUUGAACGUGAGAGCAUUCUCGAGGUCAAAAUGACGCAGCUUGCCCUUGUAGAGGUCGUCGAAGGUCCUGAAUUUGCUGUCAAUGCUAGCCACGAGCUGCUCUCCUUCUUUCAGCGGCUUUUUGGCGAUGUCAAGCCUAGCAAGCCCACUCUCAACUUGCCCACAACGACAGAGGUACCGAAGAGCUCGGCCGGCACGCUGCGCAGUAUUAGGAGCAGCAUCUUCGGCGGCCGAUCUGAGCGCACAGGUCGUACUUCCAGACGCGCGAGCCUCCUCGAAAGCGAAAAGUCCGUGGCGCUAUCGACACGGCCCCCUACUUCGCAGACUUCUGCCGGCGUUGCGCCGACCAUCCAGGUGACCGGUGAAUCUGGGCAAGUGACAGAGCGCAAACCUUCUCGUAGGUUGAGGGGGAGAAGCGAGUCUGGCAGGCGCAACAGCCUCAAGAAAAGAGAGAGCAGCAGCAGUCGGAAGAGGGCGCCUAGCCUCGGCCCCCCUAUUCACUCACCCACAGUUGUUGAUGGCGAAGUCUUUUUCACUCCUACGACCGAGAUUCCCUUGACAGAUUUCCUCGGCUCUGCCAACGGCGGCAGGCAACAAGCCUCAGGAUUCACAGGACCUCGGGGCCAGACCCUCAAUCAUCUCGACUCGUACACAUCCCAGGCUUCCAAGACAACCGCAUAUUCCUAUUCAGAAAUCUCCGCAGAUGCAACAUACACCAUCACCAAUCCUUUGCCUGUCAUCAAGUUUUCUCAGGAAGUGCAGCGGAAGCAGCGAACCACCCUUCUCGUUAAAGUGUGGCUGAUGAUCGCGGGUUUCUAUCGAAGAGCUGACAUGUUUGAAGACUGCCGGGGCGCUGUUGGAGAGGCGCAGAAGCUGGUGCAGGGACUUGACACGGAGCGGAGCGCAUCGGAGAACGGGGCUUCGUACCGAAACGCGGGAUGGGCGGAGAGAAAAAGUAUCGACGAACUGUGGGGUGACGUUUGGGCAGAGCUCGGCUACCUCUCGCUCGCCAAAGAAGCACCCUACGACGCUCGUUCCGAGUUUGAGUCCGCUCUGACGCACUUCCCCAAUCACCCUGCGGCCAUUGUGGGCCUCUCCAGUAUCCUCCUUGAUAUUUUCACGGAGCAGAUCCGCCCACCGCCCACCGUGCCCAGCCUCUCCAUCGAAAACGGACUCUUCGACUCGGACCUCACCCCUUCGGCGUCCCUGCCAAGUAUAACAACACCAGCUGAUGGGCUCCGCUCCGAGCCGCUUGGACUGGGUUCCGGCAAAUCAGUCAACGCGGAACAUCACGCCGAGUCCUGCAUCAUCCACGACAAGGACUCGAAGACAGAGGACGAUGACAAGCUACCCGCCCCUUACAAGGCCAGCUCGCUGCCGCUAAUCGACCGCCUCGCGGCUCGUGAUCGCGCGAGCGGCCUCCUGACGGGCCUCACCAAGUUGGGGUCCGCCUGGGACUACUCCGAGGCGUGGUUCGCGCUGGCCCGCGCGCACGAGGAGAGCGGUCUGCCGGAGCGGGCCAAGGAGGUGCUCUGGUGGUGCGUCGAACUCGAGGAAGGCAGGGGCGUCAGGGAAUGGCGCUGCCUGGGCAGUGGAGGGUACGUCCUGUAG